CGGUGUCAGUCCUCGCUCCCUCGUCUCCCUCUGCGUUCACCCUGUGCCGCACACCAAAGAUGAACACUCCGCAGACGCUUUUGGGUACAGUCAUUGAGUCGUGGGACACGCUCAGCACCCACCGACGCUACUCGUUCCCCGAGGCCAUCGCCAAGCCAGCCAAAGGCACGCCUGCCCAUGCUCAGGAGACGCGCUCGGACAAGAAUGGGCACGCGAAACCGUCGGGCGUGACCAUUGAUGGCGAAACGCUCACCGUCGCUGCCCUCGUGGCCACCGCCCGGUAUCGCGUGACGCCGGGCCUCGACGAGUCCCCGCACGUCCGAAAGCGCAUCGAGGCUUCCGUCUCGACACUCGCAAAGAGACUCGCCAAUGGCGAGAGCAUCUACGGCAUUAACACUGGCUUCGGUGGCUCAGCAGACUCGCGAACGCCCAACACACGGGCGCUCCAGCUCGCUCUGCUCCAACACCAGCAGUGCGGUGUCCUGCCCGUCCCCGGUUACUUUCCCACGGGCACGCCGUCGCCGCCAAACGCCUCAUUGACGCUCUCGACCAACGAGCUUUCUCAGCCCGAGUCCUGGGUGCGAGGCGCGAUCCUGGUGCGGCUCAACAGCCUGAUGCGCGGCCAUUCCGGCGUCCGAUGGAAGGUCCUCGAGAAGAUGCAGUCGAUCCUCGCCUACAACAUCACGCCAGUCGUCCCACUCCGAAGCUCGAUCUCGGCCAGCGGAGAUCUGAGCCCACUCAGCUAUGUCGCCGGGACCAUUGCCGGCCAAACGGGCAUCCAGGCUUGGGUUGAUGGGCCCGACGGUGCUCGUAAAAAGAUACCUGCCUGUGAAGCCCUCAAGGAGCGCAAGAUUGAGGCCACGACAUUUGAGCCGAAGGAGGCGCUGGGUAUCCUCAACGGCACGGCCUUCUCCAGCUCCGUUGCCGCGCUCGCCAUCCAUGACGCUUCGAUGCUCUGCCUUCUCACGCAGGUCACGACGGCCAUGGCCAUCGAAGCCCUCUACGGAACGGAUGGCUCGUUUGCCUCGUUCAUCCACGACGUCUGCCGGCCCCACGCCGGACAGGUCGAAUGCGCAAAUACCAUUGCCGUCAUGCUGGAGACGAGCAAAUUUGCAAGCCACCAUCGGGACGAGAUUCACCUCAGCAUCUCCGAAGACGAAGGUUCGCUUCGUCAGGAUCGCUACACGCUCAGAACUUCGGCUCAGUGGAUCGGACCCCAGAUUGAGGACAUCCACCAGAGCUGGAAGACGAUUGAGAGAGAAAUGAACAGCACCACCGACAAUCCUCUCAUCGAGGUGAAUGCCGAUGGCGACACUGCAACAAUUCACCACGGCGGCAAUUUCCAAGCCAUGGCUAUCAGCAACGCCAUGGAGAAGACGAGGCUGUCGCUCCACCACUUCGGCAAGAUCACCUUCCAGCAAAUGACGGAGCUCAUCAAUCCUGCAAUGAACCGCGGCCUGCCGGCAAACCUGGCCGCCACCGACCCCUCGCUCAACUUCCACGCCAAGGGUGUCGAUAUCGCCCUCGCCGCCGUCACGGCUGAGCUCGGCUACCUGGCCAACCCAGUCACGACGCACGUCCAAGCGGCUGAGAUGGGCAACCAAGCCAUCAACUCGAUGGCUCUCGUCUCUGCUCGCUACACCGUCGAAGCCAUCGAAGUUCUCUCUAUGCUCAUGGCAUGGUCCCUCUACCUCCUGUGCCAGGCAUUGGACCUGCGCGCCUUCCAGCGAAAGACGUCGAUCCUCCUCGCGGCGCAAAUGUCAAAGUCGAUUAAGAAAUUCUUCUCUACCUGGAUCGACGACGAGAACCAGGCAAAGUUGGCCAAGAAGGUCUUUGCUAGGCUGAACAAGCGCAUGGACGAAACAAGUGCGAGGGACCUCGAGGCAAGGCUGCAAGACGCCUACAUGAAUGCUGGCUACGAGUUGGUGGCCUACUUUAGCAACCUGCCCAGUGGUGGCGGUGCUGAUCCUCUUCGCACAAUUAUGGCCUGGCGCGAUGCUUCGGCCCGUGAGACAUACGACCUGUACCGCCGCGUCACCCGAGAAUUCCUGCAGGAUCCCAAGGGCUGCCACGCCUCGCCGAUGCUCGGAAAGACUGCCAAGAUGUACGAGUACGUGCGAAGGUCGCUGGGCGUCCCCAUGCAUGGCGAAGAGAACAUGCUCGAAUUCAAGGCCAACACGAACGGUGCCAGCCCCCUGAAGAGGGAGACCAUCGGAGGCUACGUCAGCGUCAUCUUCGAAAGCAUUCGCAACGGCGAUCUCUACAAGGUUUUGAUCGAUAUUGCCAAGGACAUUCAAGCCGCCUCUCCAUCAGCCCCGGCACGACUCUAAUCAUCGUCUGCAUGAUUCCGUAUAAUCUUUGUUUUAAACACCUCGUGGA